CUGAAAAGACUGAGUACACACAUGAGUGAGAACAAAGAGGAAGAGGCAAGACAAAGUGCUUGUGUAAGUGCUUUCGAUACCUCAUCCAAAGGUGGAGCCUGACCUACUGAGAAGCUCGGUUCCAAUAUGAUGUGGAUUUAAAAGAACUGCGAGAAUGAAAUCAUUGGACUGAAGAGAGCAAAGCCUGGAGUAGAUCAUGGGAGGUGUGACUUUUGCGCCACCAUCCACUAACCAGACACAACUCGGCAACAUCACCAAUUCACCACCAGAAUAUAACGAUGUGGAACUUGUGCUGCUUGGUGUUGCCAUGGCUAUUCUUGUCCUAGCAAUAGUUUUUGGUAAUGUGAUGGUGAUUACAGCCAUCCUGCGCUUCCAGAGGCUCCAAACUAUCACCAACCUCUUCAUCGCCUCACUGGCGGUUGCUGACCUCAUCAUGGGUGUGAUCGUGGUCCCUUUUAGCUCCAGUAACAUCCUGCUGAACAGCUGGAUGUUCGGAAACUUCAUGUGUGACUUCUGGACGGCAACUGAUGUGCUGUGUGUGACAGCCAGCAUAGAAACACUGUGUGUGAUUUCUCUGGACCGCUACCUCGCUAUUACGAGGCCUCUCCGCUAUCCGACACUGCUCACCAGGGCUCGGGCUUUCAUGGUGGUGUUUGUGGUUUGGGCAGUGGCCUCGCUCAUCUCCUUCCUGCCCAUCUAUCUCAAAGUCUGGGUGUCAGACAAAAGAUCAGCUGUGGAAUGCCUGUUCAAUGAGACCUGCUGUGAAUUCAACACCAGCGCGACGUAUGCAGUCUGUUCUUCAAUCGUGUCUUUCUAUCUGCCGCUGGUGGUGAUGAUUUUCCUUUACACACGUGUAUUCCAAGAGGCUCAGAAGCAGCUGGAAAAGAUCCGAGGAAGGCAACGGCACUUCUACCACCUGCAUAAGUCUGCACCGUUGACUUACACAGAAGACAGCCCUGCACUGAAUAAACUCAGGACAGGAGCGGAUGGAGAGGACCGACUGAACAUGCAGCAAACUGAGGAUACGGACAACAGGCAGGAGGAGAAGAGAGAAGAAAAUAGAGUGAGGAUGGAAAAAGAAGGCAGGCAGUCUGCUGCAAAGCGUCUCAAGUUUUGUCUUAAAGAGCACAAAGCUGUGAAAACUCUGGGAAUCAUCAUGGGAACUUUCACAUUGUGUUGGCUACCAUUUUUCAUUGUCAAUAUCGUCGUAGCGUUUGUAGAUCUCGAUAAAUAUAAGGAACUAAUUCGAUUCCUUAACUGGCUAGGUUACUCCAACUCUGCCUUCAACCCCCUCAUCUACUGCCGCAGCCCUGAUUUCCGGCACGCCUUCCAGGAGAUCCUUCAUUUGAGGGGAAGAAUCUCUGGAUGGAAGGGGGCAUGUGGAUGGUGUAGUGAGAGGCACAACUUCCCCAAUUCUCCACGGAGGCAGAAUGGGAACUCAGACACGAAUCGUGUCAGGGAUCUGGACACUAAGGAAACAUCAGGGUGGAAAGGAAGUCUGGAGAGCUCAAUUCAGGACAGCAAUCUGACCCUGGCUCUACCAGCAUCAUGCUCAGAGCAGGUUCUAGAUGUAGCCCCUGGCUCCUUGACCAGUUGGGAGGAAAACAGCUCCCGCAGUAGGACUUGUAAGGAAAAUGUUGCUUCUAUUGCUUGACCAAAAACAAUAACAUUAGACCUUAAAUUAAAGGGGUGGUAUCAUGUAAAAUGAACUUUUUUGAGCUUUGUACAAUAUAUUAAUUUCAUUCCCUUGUCAAAAACACACAUGAAGUGUUACCUCAAUUCUUUAAAGCAUGUUUGAGAAAUCUUUUAAUCUCAAACGGCAACCAUUCAACUGUCCAAAACACCUGGCUGGACUGAGCUCCACCUUCGAGGAGCUUCCCUCUCAUUAGUCUGCCAGCUCCUUCAGAUUAGCCAGCACCAAUUAGCACACACCUGGUGGAACUGUGCAUGUGCUGAGUUUAUUAUAUGAGCUACUUCUCAGCGCAACGCUGGUAAAAACGUUGCUAAAAGGCUAAUGGAGGAAAUGCUGUUGUGAUGACUUCCUGAAGGUGAAGUUGCAGAAAGAUGAGGAGUUUUUAAAGAGACAGAGACCCAAUUACAAGGUGUUAAAUCAGGAAAUAAAGUUUUCUUUAAAUCCUAUUUGAUAUGUAACAACUGAAGGUAACAUAGAUGGUUGAUUAUGUUACAAAAUGGCACUAUAUGCCUGGAAAAUACAUAAUACUGCCCCUUUAAAAAUACAUUUCUAUAUAGCAUUAGCUAAUUUGUUUAUCUUUGAUGGACUGAUUGAACUUUCUGGUGUAUAACAUGGCUGGAUAAGGUUAUAUUGUCUCAGUGUUACUGUGAUUUUACUUGAUAUCCACGUUCUUCUUCUUCUCCAUUGCAGUUUUUUAAUUGCAUUCAAUAGACUGAAAUACAAAGAUCAGUGAUCUAAGAUUAAUUUAGCAUUCAUACAUUCACCCAAACAAAAAGUAUGGAAUAUUUUCACAGAUAAGAUACAAAAUUGUGGCAUGCCAUCAAUUUCUCUGGAUUCUUUUAAGGAGGUGACUGUGGGAACUAAUUACCUAUAAUAAUGGAAAAUAUUAACGUUGUAACAUUUGAUUUGUGUUAUGAAACAGUCCAUUUGAUCCUAAGCCAAUCUGGUGUUUUAAAGAAAUCAAUCUGUAAAUAAAAGUUAAAAUAAAUAAAGUCUUAAAAACAAGGCUUGAGUUUACAAGAUAAUUUACAUAUAAUAAUAUAACAUAUAAUAUUAUCAUAAUAUUAUCAUCCUUUGGUAUAAUGAAUGGUACUCGGCUGGAUUUGCAUCCAUCUCUGUGAUGCACUUUGUGGGAUAUUUAAGAUUUUAUCCACAAGUGGAGUUAGUGGUUUAUUGCAUAAUGUCUUACUGAAAUCUUUACACCACUUGAAGAUUUUCAGAAAUUGAUCGCUUAACAACAAACCUCAUUGCAUAGAUCAACACGAAGUAGAAAAUAUGAAGUGAGUAAAAACAUAUACAGAUUUUAUUUUUACAAAUUUGAAAAUGUAAAGUGUGGCAUUGAUGUGUUGUUGCCCGACCUUUAUUCUGAUACCCCUAAAUAAAGUGUAGGUGUGGAUAAAGGACACAUCUAAAAGUUGAAGGACGUCUUCAGGACUCCUUUGAUCUAAAGGGUUUUGAUGCAGAUUUUAUUUUAUUUUUUUUUUAUUUUAAUGCCUUUUGUGUCGCCUUCAUUUAUUGACAAUGCAUUUUAUGUAUUGCUUUGUGUGGGUCUAUCACACAUAAUUGCAGAAAAAUGGUUGUAACGUGAUCAAAUAUGAGAAACUUCAAGGGGUAUUAGAUAAUUUCCCAAGGCACACUGGUGCACAAAGUAAAAUAUUUUACUAAGCAUACAACACAAGUUUUAAAAAGAGGUCUGUUAUUGGAAGUGACACAGUUUUGAAUCAUUCAUUUAGAAAAUAGUACAUCGUAUGUUGCAAUAAUGGAUCAUUUGGUCAGUGAGAUGAAAGACUGGUUUUCACCGGCAGCUACAGAGGUGACUGUGUUCCACAAUAUCCUCUUCAUAUUUCAACUAUCUUAAGGUUUUACAUAAAUGUUGAAGGUACUGGUAUGUCCAUGUUGUUCAGUUGCAAAAAACAACAGAUGAUUGUAUCACGGGUGCAUCUGUUAGCAAUGGUAGGAAAACAUCCAAAAAGGGCACAUUUGGGAGAUGUUGGACUUUAUUUAGCUUAGCAAAGUUACUGAGUAUGUACAGUUCUAAGAGCUAUAGAGAAAGUACCUCAUUACUUUAACCAGUGAUUUUAGGUUACUUCAUUCCAAGCUGCUUAUUGAAAACUGUUAAAAUUGUUCUCCUUUAAAAAUGUGGCAUUUGUUGCCAGUUUAUUACAGAUUAAGUGUAAGAAUGUAUUGAGCUAUGUCGUAUCUGUAUAUUCCAUAGCAGAUGUGAAUGUUUAGRUAGGUUAAAUACGCUUUGUUAUUGGGACAGUAAAGAUUUAAACUGUUGUCCGUGUUAACCACAAUGUGUUGAGUUUACUGUGGUUGAUUAUAAUCACAUUUAUAAUAAUGAUGCAUCAGAAAACGUUUU